UUAUUGUUGCAUCAGCAUCUCAUUGAGACCUGUGGCCAUGUCGAGCUCACCGGAGACAGAGGAUGAGGACAGUGGCAGCUGCUCGGCUGCUAACGUCUGCCCUCUUGUUUCUGCAGCCUUUGAGUUUGGCUCCUUGCUGCAGAUUAACGAGGAGGCCGCGCUGAUGGCGGCCCUCAACGACUACCUGAGCUCACGCAGCUACCUGGCGGGCUUCGGCCCCUCCCAGGCCGACCUGAGAGCCUUUAGGCUCCUCCCCCGCCCCCCCGCCCCGCAGCACGUCCACGCUCUGCGCUGGUACAGACACAUUUCCGCCCUGCAGCAGGACCUGAGUGCAGACGGCAGCAUGAAGGGGAAACGGGUCCAGCCUCCAUGGUCGCCACCGGCGGGAACAGAAGUUCCUCAGCUGCGGCUCUACAACAGCCUGACCAGAACCAAGGAGCCGUUUGUUCCCCAGAAGGGCAACAAGGUGACAUGGUACUGCUGCGGCCCCACCGUUUAUGACGCCUCACACAUGGGACAUGCCAGGUCCUACAUCUCCUUUGACAUCCUGCGGCGGAUCCUGAGGGAUUACUUUAAGUAUGACGUCCUCUACUGCAUGAACAUCACAGACAUCGACGACAAGAUCAUCAAACGGGCCCGGCAGAACUUCCUCCUGGAGCGGUACAGGGAGAAGCGGCCGCAGGCGGCUCAGAUCCUGCAGGAUGUCCUGAACGCACGAGUGCUGUUCCGGGAGCAGCUGGCCUCCACCACGGACCCGGAUAAGAAGCAGAUGUUGGAGCGUCUGGAUGCCGCCGUUGCCGCCGCUCUGCUGCCCCUGCAGGGGGCGACGGAGAGCAACGCAGCAGCUGACGUGCUGCAGCCUCUGGCUGAGGUUUUGCUGGAGAACUCGAAGGACUUGCUGUCCGACUGGCUGGACAGGCAGUUUGGAAGUGAAGUCACAGAGAACUCCAUCUUCUCCGUCCUGCCGAAGUUCUGAGGGGAGUUCCACAGAGACAUGGAGGCCCUGAACGUUCUGCCUGCCGACGUUCUGACCCGAGUCAGUGAGUACGUCUCGGAGAUCGUGGAGUUCGUGAGGAAAAUCGUCUCCAAUGGUUACGGGUACGAGUCCAACGGGUCCGUCUACUUCGAUACCCAGAGGUUUGAUUCCAGUCCACAACAUUCGUACGCCAAGCUGGUCCCAGAGGCUGUGGGAGACCAGAAGGCACUGCAGGAAGGAGAAGGUGAUCUGAGCAUCUCAGCAGACAGACUGAGUGAGAAGAAAUCCCAGAACGACUUCGCUCUGUGGAAAGCCUCGAAGCCCGGCGAGCCGUCCUGGGACUCUCCAUGGGGGAAGGGUCGGCCCGGGUGGCACAUCGAGUGUUCAGCCAUGGCCGGCUCCAUCCUGGGAGAGUCCAUGGACAUCCACGGAGGAGGCUUCGACCUGCGCUUCCCCCAUCAUGACAACGAGCUGGCCCAGUCCGAGGCGUUCUUCCAGAACGACUGUUGGGUCCGUUACUUCCUGCACACCGGCCACCUGACCAUCGCCGGCUGCAAGAUGUCCAAGUCUCUGAAAAACUUCAUCACCAUAAAGGACGCCCUGGCGAAGAACACAGCGCGCCAGCUGCGCCUGGCCUUCCUCAUGCAUUCCUGGAAAGACACGCUGGAUUACUCGGCCAACACCAUGGAGUCGGCCGUCCAGUACGAGAAGUUCAUGAACGAGUUCUUCCUGAACGUCAAAGACAUCCUGCGGGCGCCGAGCGACCUGACCGGACGCUACGAGAAGUGGGAGGCGGAGGAGGCGGAGCUUAACAGCAGUUUCUACGACAGGAAGUGGGCUGUUCACCUGGCGCUGUGUGACAACAUGGACACUCGCAGCGCCAUGGAGGAGAUGAGGCUUCUGGUCGGCCUCAGCAACAGCUACAUCGCCAGCAGGAAGAGCGCCAAGCUGAGGCCCAACCGCCUGCUGCUGGAGAGCAUCGCCUCCUACCUCACCGCCAUGAUGAAGAUAUUCGGAGCCAUCGACGGAUCCGAUCCCAUCGGUUUCCCAGUCGGAGGACAAGCUGUGGAUCUGGAGAGCACGGUGAUGCCCUACCUGGCGGUUCUGUCCGACUUCAGAGAGGACGUCCGGAAAAUCGCCCGGGAGCAGAAAGUGACGGCGCUGCUGCGGCUCUGCGACGCCGUCCGGGACGACACGCUGCCGGAGCUGGGCGUCCGCCUGGAGGACCACGAAGGUCAGCCCACCGUGGUGAAGCUGGUGGACAAGGAGACGUUACUGAGGGAGCGAGAGGAGAAGAAGAAGAUGGAGGAGGAGAAGAAGCGGAAGAAGGAGGAAGCUGCCAGGAAGAAGCAGGAGCAGGAGAUGGCGAAACUGGCCAAGAUGAAGGUCCCUCCGUGUGAGAUGUUUCGCCUGGAAACAGACAAAUAUUCCAGGUUUGACGAGACGGUAAGGUUUUCCACUCAUGACGCUGAAGGAAAGGAGCUGAGCAAAGGCCAAGCCAAGAAGCUGCGGAAGCUGUUUGAGGCUCAGGAGAAGCUCCACAGCGAGUAUCUGCAGAUGAACCAGAACGGGAACUGAGUCCGCUUCCAUCUGACGCAGCUUCAGUCGGGAUCAACGAACCGUUUUAUUCUCCUCCACAAAUGUCUGAAUGUGUGGAAGAAGAAACGUUUCCUCCAUCAGCAGAACCCAGCUGCGCCUGCCGCUUCGGCUGGGAUCCAACUCAUGAACUUCAUCUGUGACGGCUUCCAUCAUGCAUUCCUAUCAGCCGUUCGUUCAUCCAUUCAUUCAUUCAUCCAUCCGUCUGUAAACGGAUUCAAACAAACUGCGACGCCGAGUCUCCAACAGGGGAAACUGAAGUCAGGAAAACCUGAGAAGCUUCAACCAAACUGGAGGCAAAAAUGUUCAUUUGUGCUGCUUUGAAUAUGUCAAUAAAGGUUUAAAGGUCAAAAGGUCAACCAGCCAGCCCACAUCACUCAAAUCAAACUAAAUUGGUGUCAAUGUUAUGUUUGUGCUGGUUUGUGUAGCUAUCAUAUAAAAGAUGUUAAUGUCUCCAGAGGUCAUCAGAGGUCAACCAGGGGAAGCUCACAUUUUCAAAACCAAACAGUUUUUCUGGUUUGUGUCGUAGGUUUUUUUUGGUUUUGCCACUAUCAUUUUAAACAUAUAAAUACAUGUUUCCAGAGGUCAUGAAAGGUCAACCAGCUCCUCCAUCUUCCAUGCAUUUAAUAUAAAUGGGUGCGAAAUAAUUGGAUUACAUUUUUAUUAAUAUAUUUAAAAUGAUAGCGGCACAAAAGUUUGACAACAAUCUUGAUAGAUUUGGAUGAUGUGGGUGGAGCUGGUUGACCUUUUGACCUUUAAACUUUCAUUGAAAUCUUUGAAGCCAAAGCAGCAUAAAUGUAGUGGAGUUGAUUGACAGCAGGUUUGACUGGUUGACCUUUCAUGACCUCUGGAAACAUUUAUUAAUAUAUUUACAAAGAUAACAUCAGGUUUCAAAGGUGGAGGGGAAACUCGCUCAGGUUAGUAAUUACUGUCAGAAAAGCUUCUGAUGUUGGUUCUGGAAAAACGUUCCUGGGAUAAAAUCAUCUUGUUGGGAUAAGAUAGAUAAUAACAGCUUUUCACGUUUCCAGGUCCGUUUUCUCCGGUCUUGGUGUCGUCUCUGUGAAAACGGACCGAGUUUGUAUUGUUGUGGUUCUGCCGAUAAAUCCCAAGAUGCUCCAAACGGAGGAGCUGCAGGAUCCGGGGAACAUCAACAGAUCUGACAGGAAGAGCUGAGCUUUUUUAGUCAAACAUCCAUCCAUUACUGCUAGUAUUUUCUACUGAUUUAUUAGAAACUCGUGUUUCUGUGAAGGCGCAGCUGCAGGUUGUGAAGAAGAUGCUCCAAUAAAAACAGUCAGAGACACAGGUGGUGUCUUUAUUUCAGACAAUACAGACUCAUUCAGAUCAGAAGCAUCAAUCAGAAACUCCUCAAAAUAUUUCCAUUGAUCCAACAGACCAGGAAUCUGAGUCAGAUGUCAUUUGCUCCACAUGCAGAUCACUGACAACUCAAGACACAUCUGGGAACCACAAAGUUUAAGAUUUAAAAACUGAAACUUUACAUUUUAAAUAAAGUUGUACCAAAUACAACUUUAUUUAAAGUUGUGUUUUGAUGUUUUUCACUGAAAUUGCAAAAAAUAAUUUUGUACAUUUCUGAACAUAAAUCAGGUUCUGCCUCUUUCCCUGGUUAAAAAUCGGCUCACGAUGUUCUGAUGAUGUACAGUUUGUUUUUUUUCUGUUUUAUUUCUGAGUUCAUUAAAUUGUUGUAAUUUAA